AAAAAAAAAAAAGAAAAAAAGGAAAUCACGAGAAAUAGAACAGGUUGUAAAGUAAGGAAGAAAGGGCAGAGCUCAGUCGCCACUGUGUUAAUUUAUGUACAGCUUUUUUUUUUUUUGAAACUCUCCGUGUCAGUACUACAAGCAGGUAUUUACUGCAUUCAGAUAAGUGAAGGACAAUCGCUAGAUCUGCAGAUCUGUCAGUGUCACUGCAGAACAAGACAAACCGAUCAUCUUCAACUCGCACCUUCAUAUGGUUUCUCUGAGUCUUGCAUCAACCGAGUAGGGUUAUAUCGUUCGCUCGAGAAAACUAACAAAAACUAAAAAUCGCCGGGAAAUAAAAUAAUAACUUGCACAAUGUCUAUACUGAAUAUGACACUAGUGGUUAAUCUGUAUGUGUUCUGUCUCCUGGCGUCUUUCAGCCAAGCUGCAACAGUACUGCCUCUGGUCAUUAACACUUGGCCCUUUCAGAAAGCUACUGAAAAAGCAUGGGACACCCUACAGUCAGGGGCGUCAGUGCUAGAUGCUGUAGAAAAGGGAUGUGCACUUUGUGAGACAGAGCAAUGUGACGGCAGUGUGGGAUAUGGAGGGAGCCCUGAUGAGAGAGGAGAAACCACUUUGGAUGCUAUGGUCAUGAAUGGUGAUACUAUGCAAGUUGGAGCUGUAGCAGACCUUAGACGAAUCAAGAAUGCCAUUGGUGUGGCACGGGCUGUAAUGGAGCAUACCAGGCAUACAUUUUUAGUAGGAGAAUCAGCAUCAAUUUUUGCUGAAAAUAUGGGUUUUUUAGCUGAAGAUUUGACUACACACAGCUCUCUUGCUAUGCAUACAAAGUGGCUAAAUGAAAGUUGCCAGCCAAAUUUCUGGGAGGGUGUUUCACCUGACCCUUCAAAAUCAUGUGGUCCAUACAAACCUACGAGCGUGCAACAAAGAUGGCGAAAGCAAAUUAUUAAUAUUCAUAAUCAUGACACUAUUGGAAUGAUUGUGAUCAAUAAGACGGGGCAUGUCGCUGCUGGAACGUCAACCAAUGGAGCAAAACAUAAGAUUCCUGGCCGUGUAGGGGAUUCACCAAUCGCUGGAGCAGGGGCCUAUGCUGACAGCACAGUUGGAGGUGCAGCUGCUACUGGGGAUGGGGAUGUUAUGAUGCGAUUCCUUCCAAGUUACCAAGCUGUGGAGUACAUGAGCAGUGGAAUAGACCCGACCACAGCAUGCAGGAAGGUUAUCGACAGAAUUAAGAAGUAUUAUCCUGGUUUCUUUGGUGCAGUAAUCUGUGCAAAUACAACUGGAGGUUAUGGUGCUGCCUGUAACAGAGUUUCAGGAUUUGACCAGUUUCACUUCAUGGUUUACAACUCAGCAGUUAAUCGGCCACUUCAGUUGGCGGUGGAUUGUAUUUAACAUUUAUUUCAUAGUAAAAAAAAAACAGAUCAUUCCUGCACUUUUUAAAUGUAUUAUGAGUCUGAUCCAAACUCCAGCCAACUAGCCAACUUUGCUUGUUCGGCACUGAAACUUGAGAUGAUUAUUCAACAGAUAAAUUGUCUGUUGCAUCCCACUAAUAAACCUUUUCAGGUAAUAGUAUCUGAUGAGUAUGUUUAAACUUAAAAUAUACCUUUUAAGGGCUAAUAGUUUAUUGAAUUAAUGAUGUGGCCAUAAGGCAUUUCUAGAGAUUGUUUUAAGAGUAAGGUGUUGCCACUGAAAAUCUUUCUGUUUUGCCAAAUAAUGUAAAUGUGGAUUCUAUAAUAAAGUAAAAAAA